AUAGAAACUAAUUAUUCUUGUAUUGGAGCCCCGUAGCUCGGGUUUCGAUCAUAAUCACGUAGAAGAAGAAGUCUUCAUGGUGAUAAAUGUUCUUCUUGUUUCGCAAAGAUUACAAAAAGUCCACGCAAGAUGUUUGAGAGAAGAGCUGCGUGAAAUUUGACAGCAGAAAUUGCAGGAACUAAUUCCUUCUUUUUUCUGUCUUUAAUCUUUUUCUAUGGUGCUAUCAGAUUCUCUAGUACACUGUACAUCGAUUUCACAACCUCGGUCUUCUAAAAUGAGCAACCAAGCAUGAAUUGCCCAAGAUACUUGGGAUCUAAGGAAUUAAAAUGGACUAUAUUCUUGGAAAAUGCUAAAACAGAUCUGCAAUUAUUGUCUGAUGGAAAAUGCCAACCUGUCAUGUGUGUUGCUAGAUAUUUGUGUUAGAAGCAAAAAAAAAAAAAAAAGAGCCAAGGAAAGAGACAAAUUAUCCUUGAAACAGUUUAUAUCAACAGCCAUUUAUCAGGAUACCAUUCAAAGAAAACAUUUUACAGCCUCUCCCUUUCCAGUCCAAUACCUACUUCUUUCUCAUCUUUUGUGUUUUUUUAUUUUUUUUCCGCCAUAGAGAAGAGAAAGAUUCAAGACCCAAAUUCAAGCGCAUUUGGUUGGGAAAGAAGCACUGACGGCGAAUUGUUAUCGUGAAUUCGACUGGCUUGGAACCUCCAUUAAAGCUCCAAAUGGAGAAGCUUCUGUGGCCAAAUGAUAAAGAAGACAUGAAGUUGGCAAUGUUAAAGCAUGAAGAGACAUUCAGAGAGCAGGUUUAUGAACUUCAUCGUCUAUACCAGAUCCAGAAGGCAUUGAUGAAGAACUCUAAAAACAGCAGCGGCAGCAGCAUCCAUGGAGAAGGACUACACCUAGAGAAAUCGAAUUACAUUAAUAGUCACAAUUCUAAUCCUCUACCAAGUUCAAAGAUGAGCGUCGACUUUGAACGGCUGGCCGGAGUAUACAACAAUGCGGACUCGAAGGGAUUAGUCGGAGUUCAUUCGGAGAUUUUAGACGAGAGCGAGAUUGAGCUGACACUAGGCCCGACAAGCUACAAGAACAGGAGGAGUAAGAAAACGGAUACAGCGUUGACUUCGGAUUCCAGUCCAACCUUUUCUUCUUCCUCCUCGAGGUCGUCGAGCCACAACGGGUCACAGUCCGGCACACAUCAACUGAGUCGUGUUCAGAUGCCUUACAUAACCAAAGGUUCUGAAAAUGGUGGGAAAGGCGAGACCGGUGACGGAGUCGAAGACCGCUUGAUUAGAGAGAGAGUCCUAAAACAGCCCCCUUGGCUUUUCCAGGUCUUGAGUUUGAACUCUAGUUAAGAGAAGUUAGAUGAUUCUAGGUUUUCUCCAGCGAACUGUUUCCAAUAGACUAAUUUGGCCUCUGAUUGAUAAUUUUAAGUUUGAAUCUUUUUCCCUUUUCAUCUAUUUUCUUUCCCACCUCUAUUUCUAGUCUAGUGGGUGGGAUUCUUCUGUAAAAAAUGUGCUCCUUCCUCUGGCUUGCAAAAAACCCAUGAAGAUUUCGGAAAAUAAUUAACAUCAGUUUAGCUUUCUCCAA